AGGGCUAGGCUGGGGCCGGGUUCGCGGUGCUAGCUGAGGCGGCGGCGGCGGCUACGGCUGGAAGAGCCGGGCCGGGGCCCGCGGCGGAGGCCGUGGCUUGUAUUGGGAGGGUGGCGGGGAGGGACUGGGGAGGAAGAUGGCGACGUCGGGGGCGAACGGGCCCGGCUCGGCCACGGCCUCAGCUUCCAAUCCGCGGAAGUUUAGUGAGAAGAUCGCGCUGCAGAAGCAGCGUCAGGCCGAGGAGACGGCGGCCUUCGAGGAGGUGAUGAUGGACAUCGGAUCCACCCGGUUACAGGCCCAAAAACUGCGGCUGGCGUACACACGGAGCUCUCACUAUGGCGGCUCUCUGCCCAACGUGAACCAGAUCGGCUGUGGCCUGGCUGAGUUCCAGAGCCCCCUCCACUCGCCUUUGGAUUCAUCUCGGAGCACUCGGCACCACGGGCUGGUAGAACGGGUACAGCGAGAUCCCCGAAGGAUGGUGUCCCCGCUUCGCCGCUACCCCCGCCACAUCGACAGCUCUCCCUAUAGUCCCGCCUACUUAUCGCCGCCCCCGGAGUCCAGUUGGCGCAGGACAAUGCCCUGGGGCAAUUUCCCUGCAGAGAAGGGGCAGUUGUUUCGACUACCAUCUGCGCUAAACAGGACCAGCUCUGACUCCGCCCUUCACACAAGCGUGAUGAACCCCAGCCCGCAGGACACUUAUCCAGGCCCUCCACCUCCCAGCGUCCUGCCCAGCCGCCGUGGAGCCAACUCCACCGUGUCCUUUGCAGGUUUCCUAGACGGCGAAAUGGACUCCAAAGCCCUCUCAUCACCAGUCUUUCUCUCUCAAGUACCCGCUAUUGAGGAGAACUUGCUAGAUGACAAGCAUUUGCUGAAACCCUGGGAUGCUAAGAAGCUGUCCUCCUCCUCCUCCCGACCUCGGUCCUGUGAAGUCCCUGGAAUUAACAUCUUUCCAUCUCCUGACCAGCCUGCCACUGUGCCUGUCCUCCCACCUGCCAUGAACACGGGAGGCUCCCUACCUGACCUCACCAACCUGCACUUCCCCCCACCGCUGCCCACCCCCCUGGACCCAGAGGAGACCGCCUACCCCAGCCUGAGCGGGGGCAACAGCACCUCCAAUUUGACCCACACCAUGACCCACCUGGGCAUCAGCGGGGGCCUGGGCCUAGGCCCGGGCUACGAGGCACCAGGACUUCAUUCACCUCUCAGCCACCCAUCCUUGCAGUCCUCCCUAAGCAAUCCCAACCUCCAGGCUUCCCUGAGCAGCCCGCAGCCCCAGCUCCAGGGCUCCCACAGUCACCCCUCACUGCCUGCCUCCUCCUUAGCCCGCCACACACUGCCCACCGCCUCCCUGGGUCACCCCUCGCUCAGCGCCCCGGCCCUCUCCUCCUCCUCUUCCUCCUCUUCCGCUUCAUCUCCGGUGCUGGGUGCCCCUCCUUACCCAGCUUCUACCCCCGGGGCCUCCCCCCGCCACCGCCGUGUGCCCCUCAGCCCCCUGAGUUUGCCCGCGGGCCCAGCCGACGCCAGAAGGUCCCAACAGCAACUGCCCAAACAGUUUUCGCCAACAAUGUCACCCACCCUGUCUUCCAUCACUCAGGGCGUCCCCCUGGACACCAGUAAGCUGCCCACUGACCAGCGGCUGCCUCCAUAUCCAUACAGCCCCCCGAGUUUGGUUCUGCCCACCCAGCCUCCCACCCCAAAGCCUCUACAGCAGCCAGGGCUGCCAUCUCAAGCCUGCUCAGUGCAGCCCUCGGGUGGGCAGCCCCCGGGCAGGCAGCUGCACUAUGGCAUGCUGUACCCACCCGGCUCCAGUGGGCAUGGGCAGCAGUCUUACCACCGGCCAAUGGGUGACUUCAGCCUGGGGAACCUGGAGCCAUUCAGCAUGGAGAACCCAUCCACCAGCCUGGCGCUGGAUGCCUCUGGCUUUUCCGAAGGGCCUGGAUUUUUAGGGGGUGAGGGGCCAGUGAGUGGCCCCCAGGAGCCCCACACCCUCAACCACCAGAACUUAACCCACUGUUCCCGCCAUGGCUCAGGGCCCAACAUCAUCCUCACGGGAGAAUCCUCCCCAGGUUUCUCUAAGGAGAUUGCGGCAGCCCUGGCUGGAGUGCCUGGCUUCGAGGUGUCCACAGCUGGGCUGGAGCUGGGCCUGGGGCUGGAGGAGGAGCUGCGCAUGGAGCCACUGGGCCUGGAGGGGCUCAACAUGCUGAGCGACCCCUGUGCCCUGCUGCCCGACCCUGCUGUGGAGGACUCGUUCCGCAGUGACCGGCUGCAGUGAGGGCAUCUCAUCGCCAUCCCUCUCCUCGGCCCUGUCCCCCGCCGUCACUGUCCCUUUUCUCCCUUCCUCCUGGCCAGUAGAGACUCCACUCUCUGCCCCCAGAUCCUCUUUCUAACGUGAACGAGGGAUCCUAAGAAUGAGAAGAAGCAAGGGGUGUGUCCAGGUGGCCCCUGAAUUCUGCACAAAGGGUGGGCCUAGGGGAGCUCAAGGGAGGGCCUGAAGCACUUGUAACUUUGAACCGUCUGUCUGGAGGUCAGAGCCUGUUGGAAAGCAGGGGGGUAGAGGGGAGCCCCGGAGGCAGGGCUUGUCCGGAUGCCUAGGGGUGGGCAGUGCCAGCCCCUCCUCGCCACUCUUCCCCUUGCAAUGGAGGAAAGAGCCAGAGUGGAUAUUAUUUUUUAUUAAAUAUAUUAUAUGUUAAUAAAAAAAUCAUAUCAAA